UUCGUGUUUGCUGAUAUUCUCUGUGUACACACAGCUGCUGCGCAAGACUUGAUACGAAACGGGGUAUAAAAAUCGAAACUUUACAGUGAGACUCGACUCUCGAGCUAAAGAGGAGCCGACCCAACAUCAAGAACCUGCUUUCUGAGCUACCCCACGGAUCACGCCCUCGGAUCUUUCCCUUUUCAAUCGCAUUCAGGCGAUAAAGAGAGGGACUUCAUGCGUCUGUGACUUCGCUUUUCCCAUUUUUAAUAGCUGCCCAUUUUGGCCGGAAGGGCUCCUUACAAAUACAGAGCAAAAUCGUACCGCCUUCGCUGCCUUUCCGGGGUCCCUCUCUCUCUGUCUUCUUGUGCUCGUGCUUUCGCUUUACCCUCCUGUACUUCGCCAGAACUCGUGAAGUAGAUCGUUCUUGGUCUGUAGCUCUGACGUUUCUCCUUGUGAUUCUCUGCUUCAGUCUUCUGAUACACACUCCUCGUUUCUGAAAUCCCGGUUGGCGAGCAAAGUGGACGUGUUCUUUUCUUUCUGUGAUUUUCUUUUUGGGCUUUUGGGUGUCGUUGUUUUGGCCAUUGAGGCCAUUUCUUGUUUGUUUCCUGAGAGAGUGAAGUGCGCCAGAGGAGAACGAGAGGAAAAAAAGGUGGGAUUUUUGGUAGCGGAGACUGUCAGGAGUGUCAUGGGCUUCGCGAAAUCGAAGAUGCUUUUCCGACGGUUCGUGGUGAUGUUCCUCAUUUGCACGGCGUCGGUCUGCUCUGGCGUCACUGAUCCUCGUGAUGUGGCGGCAAUCAAUAGCUUGUAUGUUUCACUGGGCUACCCGCCUCUCCGUGGGUGGUUACUUGUUGGAGGCGAUCCUUGCGAUGACAAUUGGGAAGGUGUCGAGUGCGUCAUGUCAAACGUAACGGGACUAAAUCUGAGUGGAGCCAAUUUGGUUGGUAAAUUGGGCGACAGUUUGGACUUCGCAUCACUCUUGUCGAUUGAUUUCAGCAACAAUCAGAUUGGGGGGAGUGUUCCAUCCCAUGUGCCACCUACUGUUCUUACAAUGUUGUUGGGCAAUAACCUUUUCAGUGGAGAAAUUCCAGACUUGUUCGAAGAGCUUACGAGUUUGGCACAUCUGGAUUUGUCCAGUAAUAACCUCACUGGUCAUUUACCUCCAUCAUUUGGAAACCUGUCAGCUGUUACCACAUUGCACUUGCAGAAUAAUAAACUCACUGGGACUCUGAAUGUUUUAGAGGAUCUUCCUCUAGUUGAUUUGGAUAUAGAGAACAACUUAUUCUCCGGGCCUAUUCCUCCAAAGUUGCUGACUAUUCCAAUUUUCAAAAAAGGUGGAAAUCCUUUUAAUACAAGUGUAAUUCCAUCACCAUCACCACCACCAUCACCAUCAGCAGCACCAGCACCAGAGCCAACCUCUGCACCUGCUCCAUUCAUAGGCGGCCCACCUUCUCCGGGCGUGCCUUCAAAGCACGGAAAUGGAUCUUCUGCAGAGGCACCACAUUCUGCUCAAUCAAAGGGAGGGUUGAGGGUUAGAAAUGUCCUUUUGAUAACUGGUAUAGGGGCUCUGGUGGUGGUUGCGAUCACAUCGCUGUGCCUAUGCUUGUGGAGAUGCAGCAAAAGGAAGCAAAUGAAAGAGACAGGCAAGAGGCAUGACAUGGGCGUAUAUGCAAACGGUCAAGGGGCUGCUAAAAGCAAAGAAUCAUCAGGACAACCAUACAUAGAUAUGGAGAGACAUGUUCCACGAUGGGCUGUUCUGGAACCUUUAGGCAAGAUGGGAGAAGACCAUGGAAGAGCCGGUUCAAGUAACAGACAAAUGGAUGUGACCAAAGCAUUGAGCUUGAGGCCGAAGGACCAAGUAGGAGAUGCCAGUUUGCCCUUGCAACCUCUGGUUUCUCCUCUCGCACCACACAUUCCGGAUAAGAAGGUUAUCGUAAAUCCUGUUGUUUCUGCUCAGCCUACUGUGCUGAGACGGCCUUCUGAGAGAGCAGUCUCUUCACCUUCGGUCCCGUUUUACAGCAUAGCAUCUCUUCAGGAGUUCACAAACAGCUUUUCUCCUGAAAACUUUGUUGGAGAAGGCACACUUGGAAGUGUCUACAAGGCCAUGCUUCCUGAUGGAAGGCUACUAGCGGUCAAGAAGCUAAAGGCCACGGUUUCCAGUCAGCAGAGCAAUGAGAAAUUUGGUGCUCUGGUGUCGAGAGUCUAUAAGCUUCGGCAUAGCAAUAUUGUGGAGCUUGUGGGCUACUGUGCUGAGCAUGCUCAACGGCUACUUAUUUAUCAGUAUUGCCGAAAUGGGACGCUGUAUGAUGCAUUGCAUCUGGAUGAUGAGGUCCAUGGAAAACUUUCAUGGGCUGCGCGGAUUCGUGUUGCCAUUGGAGUUGCAAGAGCCUUGCAGUAUCUGCAUGAGGUUUGUCGGCCACCUGUUGUAUACAGGAACUUUAGCUCUACCAACAUCCUUCUAGAUGAUAAGCUCGAAGCACGAGUCUCAGAAUGUGGUCUGGCUCCUUUAAUAUCAACUGGCUCUGAAAGUCAGUUUUCCGAGCACCUCAAUCCUAACGGUUACACAGCCCCAGAAUCUGAGUCGGGUUCCUAUUCCUGGCAAAGUGAUGUGUAUAGCUUUGGAGUUGUAAUGUUGGAGCUUCUCACCGGUAGGAAGUCACUUGACAGGUCACGGCCCAGAGGGGAGCAAUUUCUGGUUCGAUGGGCAAUACCCCAGCUUCAUGAUAUUAAUGCGCUGUCAAAGAUGGUGGAUCCUUCGCUUAGUGGUUUCUAUCCCACCAAAUCAUUGUCGCGCUUUGCUGAUAUAAUCUCUCGAUGUGUUCAGAGAGAGCCAGAAUUCAGGCCCCCGAUGUCUGAAGUUGUGCAGGACCUAUUGCGAAUGAUGUGAAGUGAAGUUCAAAAAUCACCCUGAGGUUGAAGUUUAUUAUUUAACUUAAUAAUGUCUAUAGCAAUGGCCUUGGAGAGGAUAACAGAGCCCACAAUACUUUGAUACUUAAUUACAGUGCAGUAUCAGCAAUGGUAACUUCUCGUCCGACUCGUUUGACCGACGAAGCGGACGCUCAUGUCGGGGUCGAAACUUGAAUUGAUGUAGCGGACGGGUUUUUAGAAACUUAGAUAUAGAUAUCUUGUGCUGUUGGUGACAAGUUGUGAUUGUUUGGUUUUUAUGAUUCUUUUCUUGUGCAGCAGAUGAAUAACAUUUUCUUUUGGCAUGUUAGGACAUAGGAUUGUCCCAUGAUCAGUUUAAUCAGUUCUUUGUUCAUUCCAACAAUUUCUGUGGUGAGAGACCAGAUCUCUUGCUGUUGAUUUUUUAAGAUUCUUUUUAUCGUUCAUCA